AACACAUCAACAAGGAGACAUUCGAUUUAGAUGUCUGAAUCCUGAAUAGGACUAGUUGGUUUAAACGUUUUUUAGUUCUUAGAAGAACUGUUGGGUUUAAUAUGUCCUGUUAUUUCUGCUACACAUAACCAGCGGUGUUGAGUUUUGGCAACAUGAAUCGAUAAAAAAACAGAGUUAAUUUUUCUUUUACUUGCAACCACACUGUUUCCUCAACUACCAAACGAAAAAUAUUUGUAUGUUCGAAAGCCCGUGUAGUAGUUGAUAUAUUGCGGAUCGUCUUUGAAUCUAUCGAUAGACAUUAUAAUGAAUAUUGGUUGUUCCACAAUGCUUAACUGUCGAAUCAUUUCUGUUAUUUGUUCCAUACUGAGGGUAGUUUGGACAUUUACAUCUUGACACGAAGGACUUGCUUGUAUAGAGAUAUCGCUAGAGUUGAGGAUCACGGGUAGUGGCAAGGCACCAACUUUUAAGGAUUUUUUGGACGAUUCGGAUGAAGAAGAGGAAGGAGAUGAUAAUGGAUCGUCGUUUUCCUUGUUAUUAGUAUCACGAAAAUAAUCGUUGGGUGAGAAAUGAAUAUUGCAUACACGAGUGUUAAGAAAAUCAGUUAAAUCUAGACGGUUUAAUCGUGUGAGCCACACAUGACGUAUCUGAGGAUUUUUUGGUAAACGAUGAAACGAAACGUUUUUCUUUUUUGAUUCUCGAUUAGAACAUGAAAUACAAGUUUUAACCAUUUUAAAAUAGUCUCGCAAACUUGUGAGAUGUGCAUGUUUAUAUAGUAUUUUCAUUAAGACAUAUGGGAGAGUGUAACAUCAAAAAUUGUAAGAGUUGUAAGAUCAAAGAACAUCAAUCGGCAGUAUUAAGAGUGAGUGCAAGUGCGAGGGACGGAUCGAAGUAAAUCUUAUACAAAUCAUCUAUGACAACUUUAUGUUAUUUCUAAUCAUCUCAUUCAUACAAAACAAUGACUACACACUCGUCUCUUUUUACGUCUAUCGUUGAUCAUAAACGACCCUUCGAACUUGAUCUUGGUAGUAUUACGGAGUACUUUUCGAAAAUAUUAGCAACUGAUGGUCAUCUUGAUCGAGGUGCUUUAAAAAAUGGCAAUCUAUUGUUCAAGGAUCAUUUUCUUCAUUCUGUUACUGUUUCAUCAUCGUAUAUUCAUCGUAUAAUCGAAGCUAAAUGUCGAGCGCACAUGAAAAAGGCUAUCUCUUAUAACGUAAGUUUUCUAAAACGAAAAUUCGGUUGUGUUGUAUUCACAUUGGCAUUGCUUGCGGGUUAGUUUGGUCAUCAGUACUCCACCAGAUCCGGCUAUUCUUGAAGGGAAAUGUGAAUGUGUUGCCGGUGCUGGUAAAAUGGCGGGAUGCAAACAUAUUGCAGCGCUGUGUUUUGCAUUAUUCGACUAUGAUAACAACAAACUAUACGAUGCACCAACACAACGUCUACAACAAUGGCAUCAACCAACACGACGUUCAAAGAAUCCAGUAAAACUGCUAGAGAUAGGUUUUACAUCACUGAACCACAACAAACAGGAACAGCAAACACCACAGUACGUUCGUUUUCUGGCUGAAUAUCCAGAUGUACCAGAAGCCAAAGGUAAAUUAGCACAAAUCUUGGUUGAAAACAAGGAAAACCAAUGUGCAGCUGCACUUUUAUUUUUGAUACAACCACCCGACAUACCGUUCAUCACAGUACCAGCUCGAGUUUCCACUCAAACUUCAUCCCAAGUGUUUAGUUCUCUUUCUCCUGCUCUCAAAUCAACGUUUAUCAAUCACAUAUUUUUGACAAAUACACAAAUAUUCGAACUUGAACGGGCGAUACAAGGCCAAUCCUCCUCUACCAUAUGGCAUGAUGCCAGAAGAGUUAGAAUAUCAGGUACAACGAUCAGCAAGAUAGCAGUCCGCAAAGCUGAUUAUUCACAGUUGGCUGAUAUUAUUUUGAACAACCGCGACAAAGACAUUGGUUUUAUUCGAGCUGUUCGUCAUGGAAUUUUGAAAGAAGAACAUUGUCGACGAAAAUAUGUCGAAGAAAAAAGAAAACGUAUGUAUAAGAGAUAA